UACCAUGACCACCCACUCUGCUCCAAGUCUCUGUGGCUCAGCGAGGGACAAGGCAGAGCUCUUCAGGGAACGCUACACACUCCUACAGCAGCGUACACAUCGGCAUGAGCUCUUCACCCCACCUGUAAUAGGGACCGGGACGCUGCAGAAGGAAGUAGGAACACAUUUCAGCUUAAGACUGUUGAAGCACUUUUAGGUAGUACGGCUAAGCUACGAGAGGUCAUUGUCUUGGGGAUGGUCACACAGCUUAAAGAGGUGAUCAUGGCAGAAAUGGAGGACAAUGCUGACCGCUUGCCUGUUGAGGAGGAAGACGAGGAGUCCGAGAGAGAUGAAGAGGAGAGAGAAUUUGACUGGGUGGGGGAUGAGGCUGAUGAACUCGAUGAGGAUGCAGUUCUUCUGGACACUGAAGAGCCCUUUGAGUUGGACCAGCCAGCUGAGCGCAGUGGCCACAUAGCAGUGGUGGAUGGCCACUGCAUGUAUGUUUGGGGAGGAUAUAAGAAUUCCCAGACCACUGGCUUCAUUGACUUAUACUUGCCAAAGAAUGAAAUCUGGAUAUACAACAUGGAGACAGAACAAUGGAAGAAGCAGAUGGCGGGGGGUAACCUUCAUGCCGCCAUGUCUGGCAGCUGUGGAGUGUGUGUGGACGGCGUCCUCUAUCUGUUUGGAGGCCACCAUGCCAGAGGAAACACUAACCGGGUCUUUCGGCUCCCUCUCCGAACACCUCUCCUCUGCUGGGAGGAGAUGAAGGAUCUUAAGGGCCUGGCCCCGUCCUGCAAGGACAAACUGGGCUGCUGGGUUCACAAGAAUAGGCUAGUAUUCUUCGGGGGCUAUGGAUAUAUGGCACAAGGAGCUCACAGAGGGACAUUUGAAUACGAUGAAACUUCAUUCGUGGGAGAUAAUCUGGGGCGGGGCUGGAACAACCACAUUCACAUCCUGGACCUGGAGAUGUCCACCUGGAGCCAGCCAGUCACCAAGGGUAAUGCCCCAUCUCCCCGGGCAGCACAUGCCUGUGCCAAGGUGGGCAACCGAGGCUAUGUGUUUGGGGGGCGUUACAGGGAUUACCGCCUGAACGACUUGUACUACAUCAACAUGGAUUCCUGGGAGUGGCAUGAAAUGAGUGUUCCUCAGCAGGGUCCUGUGGGACGCUCAUGGCACUCCCUCACCCCCGUGUCACCUGAUCACAUCUUCCUGUUCGGAGGCUUCACAACAUAUAGAGAGACACUGAGUGACGCUUGGCUGUACUGCAUCAGCAAGAACGAGUGGCAGCAGUACAAGCACAAUCAUACACAGAGCCCCAGGCUCUGGCACACGGCCUGUUCCGGUUCUGAUGGGGAGGUGUUUGUGUUUGGCGGUUGUGCCAAUAACCUGCUGUCCCAUCAGCGAGCAGCUCACAGCAAAGAGUUGCUGGUGUUCACGGUUCAACCCAAGUCACUUGUCUGGUUCUGUAUGGAAGCAGCAUUGCAGCACAGAGAGUUACUGGCUGCGUCAUGGAACUGCCUGCCUAAACACUUGCUACACAGUCUCAAACAGAGGAUGGGAGGCAUCAACGCACUGGGGUCAUGAGGCAUAUACCACCACAUUCUAUGGGAUGCCGGGGUGUGUGUGGACAGCCAUGGCCUUGGUGCUAGCUGAACAAAGAGGAUGGCUCAACCCAUCUUGUCACGAGUGGAAUUAAUUUAGUGAAAAAAAACGUAGGCUUUUGAUGGGAGUGGGUUUGGCCAAUCAGCAAGCAUGGCAACAUUCAUUAUCCUUACGUGUGAAUUUGUCAUGCCAGUGUUCGAACAUGUAUAUUUUUUUAAAGUGAAAGUACCAUGUUCAGUCCUGCUGGAAAGGUGUUAUUCCUUUGACCAUGUUAGUCAGAAGAGGCUCGUGUAGUAUUUUGUCUGUUUUUAAUCAGGUAAUAAUACCAGUUGCACUGAAGUUACCACAAAAAGUUACUCAUUUUGUAUUAUUUGCACAAGUUUCAUUAUAAAAACCUUAAUUUUGAAUCAAGAAAAAAUAAAUGUCAGAUUUUGUUCUGAGAUUUUGCAUUGCUUUCCCCCUCCGUCAUCUCGUCCAGGAAAAUGAAUGCGUCGGUGCACAAGCUUUUCCUGUCAUCCAAGUCCUAUUAAGGGUGGGGUUAACUCAUUGUUUUGUGAAGAAAGCCCAUGUCGACUAAAUUGUAUAGGUCUAUUUCUUCUUGGCUGCCAUUAGGUUAGGUGCUGAUACUUUAACUUUGCCUGGGAUGUUUCUUGAUAAAUCUGUAUCCUGAAAUGAGAAAAGGAUGGUUGUUGUUUUGUGCUAAGGUGCUUACAUAUUCCAGAAUGUCAAAUUGAUUAUAUAUAUGUGUAAAUGGCAGGUUAGACAUCUUUCAGCAAAAUCACUUGUAGUAUUUGGACGCUCCAAAAACAUCCGUUUAGAAAUGGCAAAGCUCUCAGUAUAGUGAUGCAAGUCUUAAGAUGUUGUACGCAAUGUUAUAUUCCCUUUUGGCGACUCUAAAUUUCCCUGUCCAGCUGUUCAAUUCUGUGUAGCCUGCUGCUAGUUAAAUGCCAAAGUAAAGGAAUCACCAACUUAGUCAUCAUAGGGCGUUGGCCACCACGAGCCGCUUCUAUGCCCCUUGGCAUAGAUUCUACAACUGUCUGUAAAUAUACUUUGUAUUCCUCAUUUACUCAGAUGUUGUGGAUAAAGUUUGGAAUGACACAAUUUCAUGUGUCAUUCCAACAUCUAAAGACCUGCAUCGCUUUGCUGUUUCUAAAAGGACGUAUUUGGAGCCUGUGUUCAUAUUUUUCGGAAGUGAUUAGCUGUUUGGGGUUUCUCAAAAAUGUGAAAUCACAAAAGAUGUGUUAUAGAAUGUUAUAGAAAUAACUCAAGGGCACACUGACCUAGUUGGCUCGUGAGUUCGAACCAGCAACCUUUUGGUUACUGGUCAAACACUAGGCUUACGUGCCGUUCAGUAGUCUCAAAAUGGGUGAGGUACUAUCUGAACUCUGUCCAAUAAAAAUAACUUGUUUUCCUACGGUGCACCCUAAUGAACAAGAUACAGGUAUGUGGAUCCGCCUUACCUUGACACUGCGAAACAGGUCCUUCUCUCUGGUCGAAGCCUCCCUGGCCUUCAUGAAGCUGAAUACUGCAGUGCGGGCAGCUGGGAGGACAAAAUAUAGAUAGAUACAGAAUUUCCUAGGAUCCAGCCAUAUCAUUUAUAAUACUAGAUAAGAGAUGGAGACCUGCACACUGUCAAAAAAAGUAACAAAUCCAUUUAAGCCUCAGUUUUGGAUUUAUUCCUUUUUUUGUUACUGUGCGGGUCUCUACCUCUUCCAGUAUUCUUAUUGACUCCUAUGCACCUGGAACAGACACUAUUCAGUAGUAAGGACCUUAAAAGACGCAAGUGCUGAGCGAUUAGUGCUUUUUGAGGUUGUUUUGGUUUAUAAAAAGAAUCAUACAGAUCUGUUUUGAACACUGAAACAAUUAAUAAAAGUCCCAUGAAGGUA